AUAAGAUUUUCGGACUCGUACAUAAGCGAAUCGCUGCCCUAAUCCCGGCGAGAAAUGUCUCUGGUGCCUACCACAUAUCGCGAUUUGUCGCGCGAAUUUGAUCGACUCCGUCCGCUCUACCAUCCGCCGUAUGAUUUCCAGCUAUAUCCGUAUCUGUGGGACGAUUCGCGUCUCUGGUGGCCAUCGCCUCACACCAGCAGAAGUGACCUACUCCGACCUCUGGAUGAGCUGGUGUCGCGUCGAGUGCGCAACCAGUUGAUCCAAUCGACGCCGUAUGAGUGGGCGCAUCCAAUGAGGUGGGACAACUACUAUUCCGGUGAGCGUGUCCAUGUGGAUGAGAAGGGAUUUCGGAUUGACAUCGAUGUGCGACAAUUUCAUCCCCACGACAUUGUGGUCAAAACCAAUGACGACUAUGUCAUCGUCCAGGGAAAUCACAAUCGUCGCGACGAGGGUUCCAAUGGCCUGGUGGAGCGGCACUUUGUGAGGAAGUACCUUCUGCCCCGCGGAUACAAUGCCAAUGAGGUAAUCUCGGACAUAUCCAGCGAUGGCAUCCUCACCAUCAAGGCUCCACCACCGCCGCCAGCCAAGUACUACACGCCCGGAGAGAGAUUGGUCCGCGUUCAUGAAACCGGAAAGCUGGCCCUGCCCUGGAAAUAGUGGACCAUGUGUCAAAAAUCAGGAAGGCAAACAGUGAAUGUGUUUUUACCAAACCCAAAUCCCAACCAUCGAAUGCGCCUAACUCAAGGUGAACUAUUUUCGGACACCAAGCAAUUGCAGCCGAACAUUUAAAUUGGAUUCAAACAUAAAUAAAAUACAAAUUGUACCCGUAGUUGAUAUAAUAAAUGCGCAAUAAAUAUUUGGUAG